CAACUUGUACCACUUCUAUCAGAAAGCAUUAUUUUAAAUGGUAAGCAGUUGUUAAUGAAGCAUGAUCUGGGUAUUUGAAGAAGAUGUUAUGCUAUAAGAGCUCACAGUGUUGACAAUUCAAGAUAAGAAGAAAAUGGCAAAUGCAGGAUAUUUGAUGACAUACAGCAAAAUUGCUAUGUUUUUUAAAAGAGAUAUGGCUCGGCUGAUGUCAACUGCUCAACCAUUGAAACCUCACAAGGCUAAGUCUAAAAUCAACAGAAAAACAUUUUUUGUGGAUUUCAAAAAAGUGAAAGUGACAGGUGGAGCAGGAGGCAAUGGAGUUAUGUGUUUCACUAGUCAAAAAAAUAAAGAAUUCUGUGGUCCUGACGGAGGAGAUGGGGGCAAUGGAGGCCAUGUUGUUCUCAAAGCAUCCAAGGAUGUAAGGUCCCUUAACCAUCUACUAACAGUUAUAAAUGGUAACACUGGUGUAAAAGGAAGGUCCAGGAAUUGCCAUGGAAAAAAUGCUGAACAUUUAUAUGUUAAGGUUCCUCAAGGUACAAUAGUCAGGAAUGAAGAAGGAAAAAUGUUGACUAGUCUCGAUGAAGAACAUGAUUAUUAUAUUGCUGCAAGGGGUGGAUCUGGUGGGCGGGGCAACAGGUUUUUCCUGACAGACACAAACACAGCACCAGCUAAAGCUGAACUAGGUGCUGAAGGAGAGAGUAGACAGUUGAUGCUUGAACUAAGGAUAAUGGCUAAUGCAGGACUGAUUGGCUUUCCAAAUGCAGGAAAGUCAACACUUCUGAGGGCUAUUUCUAGAGCUAAACCAAAAGUUUCACCAAUUCCAUUUACUACAAUGAAUCCACAUAUUGGUAUGGUUGGUUAUGAUGAUUACAUACAAAUAGCAGUUGCAGAUAUCCCAGGUUUGAUUAAAGAUGCGCACAAAAACCGUGGACUUGGAAUUUCAUUUUUGCGCCAUAUCGAAAGAUGUGCCUGUUUAUUGUAUGUUAUUGAUUUAUCAGUGAGUGAACCAUGGACACAGUUAAAUGAUCUGAAAUAUGAACUUGAUCAGUAUAAACCAGGACUAUCAGACAGACCUCAUGCUGUGAUUGGUAAUAAGAUAGACCUUCCAGGAGCAAAAGAUAAUUUGAGGGAAUUGACUUUAGCCAUUAAUUUGCCUGUGUAUCCAGUUUCAGCAAAACAUAAAAUAGGAAUUGAUUCGUUAUUGACACAUUUAAGAUAUAUGUAUGAUAAAUACGGAGCGAAAGAAGACAUCGAGGAAGAUUCUAAUUUGGUGACAUGAAAUUGUUACGCGAUGGAUUAAAAAUUCAUUGAAGAUUAUUGCGAUGAUUUUGUAUUACAUACAAGUUUGCAAUUCUUCUAUUAUGCUUUUUGUACUGAUGUAAACUUGAACAAUUUAAAUGUGAAACUCACCUCAGCAGUCACUAGUUACUUAAGCAAUUCUUGUUUAAUACAGUAUACUAUAAUUCUUAUGUUGUGUGUAAAAAGUAAAAUAGAAAAAACUACCCAACUCCAAGGACAGUUGAAAACAAAAUUCCUGUAAGCUGAAAUUUCAUUGGUCAACCUCACAAAAACUGGAAAGUGAACACAUCAAUUCAUGUUGUUUUGUAAAAUUUUGAAUUUGAAAUUCUUUUACAGACACAAUAGUUUGUAAAUUUCUUAUCAUAUUAAGGUGACAGUAAUUAGGCAUUCCAUUAAUCCCUAGAUGGUGCUCUGUAAAACAAAACAAUAGGUCUAUUACAUUUGAAACUUGUGUUCCAUGCUUUUUGCAUGCAUUAUUUUUAAAAAUGAAAUUUGUUAUAUAUGGAGCAUGGAACAAAUAUCAAAGUAAAAGGAUUUUAUCAAUUGCUUAAGUUUGUGCUGAGGUGAAAUUAAGAAAUUCUAGAAUGUAUUAAAAAUUGAAACUGUAUGUCGGAAGAACAAACUAAGCUAAACAAUAUUCAAACGUUAUGGAGCUCCUUUACAAGAUUUGUAUAUUUCAAAAAUGGUGGGAAAAGGCUGACUGAGACUUUUUCUUUAUCUUUGCAUUGUUAUUAUUUGGGUCUGAAAUCGAUAGAAAAGAAAUCUAGAAUCUGCUUAAAUUUUGGUGAAUCACCUAUUAUGAGCUAUUGAAGUCUUAUAUGGAAAGAAAAAUGGGUAUCAUGGGGCAAAAAAGUUUACCCUUUGUUGAAGGAUAAAAACCAAAGACUCCAAACAUCUGAUCAUUCCAGAUGAUAUUUACAUUACUGAAAAAAAAGAAUUAUACACCAUUGAAUUGUAGAAGAAUCAAUGGAAACGUUUUUUAAGAAAAUGAAUAAUUUUGUAACUUGAGUUAUCUCCCUUGUCAUAAAAACUUUUAGUGAAAUUUUUAAUUUUCUUUAAUCUUAUCUAAAAGAUUACCUAAGAAAUAACUUACUGUGGAUUCAUUAUUAUUUGUUGGAUACCAAUUUUCAUGGAUUUUAAUGGAUUUCAUGGGUACAGGUCAACAAUGAAAUCAAAUGUUCAACGAGUAACAAGUUUUUUAUAUGCUUGUAUGCCUUCUUGGGAAAAACCAUGAAAUUAGAUAUCAACAAACAUGUAAAUUUUCAUUAAUCCACGAAAAUUAUUCCAACAAAAAAAAAAUAAUCCUAAGUAACUUAUUUAGACCAAGCUAGACAUUACUAUUCUUUGUAUGUCAAGACAUAAGUUAUGACUUAUAACAAACUCAAUCAACCAUUAUGCUUCCAUAACUGAAAUUAAAAAGCCUUCUAAUAUUUUAAAAACGUAAAAGAUAAGGAAAUACGAAGAUGAUAAUUGCGAAGAAACUCUUGUUAAUCCAUCAAAGUUUUAAGAAAAUUCUUUUAUUGAUGAUUUUUAUGAAAAGAAAAGACAUCAAGCAAAAAAAAAGACAAUAAAAAAAUUUAAAAAAAAUAUAAAUUUGACAAAUCAUCACAUUGGUCUAUAUUUUGAUGACUAGCAAAGAUAUGUUAUACAUU